AUGGUGAGGAAGGUGAUGAAUUUAGAAAGGAAGGACAAUAAGGAAAUGAGGUGGAGAGGCAGGGAGUUCAAUGGCAACGUGAAAACAAGGGCCAUUCUACCUUUUCUGGUUGCUGAUGUUGUAACUCUUGUGCAUCCAUGCUUCAAUUCACUACACAGAUGCACUAACAAAGUAAAUGUUCCAUUCAUGCAUAUGGAGGCGAUCAAUAUGAGCUCGUCAUCAAGGCCAUUCAAGAUCAUUUCAAGGUUAAAGAAUAAGGUUGCAGCAACAAAGGGAGUCUUUGCUGAAGAGGAAGAUAAUGACAAUUCUAACGAGGAAAGUGAAGGGGAAGAGGGGAAAAGGAAGCUUACUGGCAAUUCCAGACGGACUGGAAUUAGGGACAGAUACAGUAGAGUCCUGGAUACAAGAGAUGAAUUGAUAAGCCAGAUGCUGAGAGCUCUACGAGGUGGUCAUCAAUCACAAGUUGGUUCUCUUGCAUGGAAUUCUCACAUUCUUACAACUGGUGAUAUGGAUGGUUUAAUUUUUAAUAAUGAUGUACACAUUCCAUCUCACAUGGUUGAAGAAUACAAAGGACAUGAAUUAGAAGUUUGUGGAUUAAAGUGGUCGAGCUCAGGCCAACAACUAGCCGGUGGAGGUGAUGACAAACUUUUGCACAUCUGGGAUCAGAGAAUGGCAUCAGAGCGAAAUGGCAGACAGAAUCAGUGGCUAUACAGACUGAAUGAUCAUAGAGGUACAGUGAAAGCAUUAGCCUGGUGUCCAUUCCAAAGAAACCUACUUGCGUCAGGGGGUGGUAACCCCGACCGUUGCAUUAAGUUUUGGAAUACUUGUUCUGGGUCCUGCUUGAAGUCCUUGGAUACUGGUUCACAUGUCUGUGCGCUCUUAUGGAGUAAAACCGAAGGGGAACUUCUCAGUUCACAUGAGAUUGAUUGGAUCGAUGGUGAUAGUCAGAGACAGUUGAUAUUGUGGGAAUAUCCAUCGAUGGUUAUGGUGGCAGAGCUAGUUGGUCAUACUUCCACGGCUCCAUUCAUGGCUCAGAGUCCAGAUGGGUGCAGAGUAGCAUCUGCCUCUGGAGGAGAUCAAACAUUGCGAAUCUGGAACUUGUUUGGAAAACCUGAAACAAAGAAUAAGCUGGUUAGCAAGCCACUUGGGCCAUUUGCAAUUCUCAACAGCAUAAGGUGA